AUGGAGAACUCCGCGAUUCCCAGCAGUGGCGCGCAGUCGCCCAAAAAAGAGAACUCGAUGCCGAGAGCAGACUCUGUUGAUAUUGGACAGGUGUCUUUUGAACCCGAGAGCCCCGAAGAGCCAUCCAAGUCCGGCGAGACAGAGCUGAGCGCAGCCAUCAGGGAAGCCGUGAACCACCGUCGACUAAAUCCGAGGCAGAUCCAACUUACUGCGAUUGCUGGAUCCAUUGGAGCCGCUCUCUUCGUUGGAAUAGGCUCUGGGGUAAUGUCCGGCCCGCUCUGUCUUUUUCUCGGCUUUGUAUUCUGGGCUUCUGUUGUAUUCUCUGUGGCUCAGUGCCAGACUGAGAUUGUCAGCUUGCUUCCGCUAGACGGGGCCUUUAUCCGUCUAGCAGGUCGAAUGGUUGACCCUGCGCUCGGGGUGGCGGUUGGUUAUAAUCACUUUUUUGCGCAGACAUCCUUUGUCAUUUUCGAGGCCACGGUUAUCAACACGCUUGUUGAAUACUGGGGAUAUAACCAGUCACCUGCCAUUUUAAUAUCAAUCUCACUCGUUCUUUAUCUGGCGAUCAAUGUAUACCGAGCUGACCUGUUCGGAGAAGCUGAGUUCUGGCUCGCCUUGGGCAAAGUCUUAUUAGCUACUGGUCUCAUCGUAUACACCAUCGUGGUAAUGCUUGGAGGGAACCCUAUGCACGAUCGAUUCGGUUUCCGCUACUGGAGAGACCCUGGACCAUGGGCCGGUGCCGACCCCUCAAACCGUCUGAUGUCGUUUGUAAAUGCGGUUAGCGUCGCUGCGUUCUGCAUGGGGGGGCCAGAGUACAUCUCAAUGAUCGCUGGAGAAUCAAGAGAUCCCCGUCGCACCGUACCACGGGCAUUCAGCACUAUCAUGACUCGUCUUAUUGUCUUCUUUAUCGGUGGCUGUCUUUGCGUUGGAAUUCUAGUUCCAUAUGACGAUCAGAUUCUCACAAACGGCUCAGAUAGCUAUGCCGGCGGAUCCCCAUAUGUAAUCUCGAUGCAACGCCUACAAAUCCCAGUCCUGCCGUCGAUCGUCAACGCCGCGUUGCUUACAACAAUUAUCUCGGCUGGAAAUGCGUAUACAUUCAACGCUUCGCGGAGUCUACAUGCCCUUGCUUUAGACGGACGAGCACCGAAGUUCCUUCGACGGUUGAAUAAAAGGGGCGUGCCGUACAUGGCUGUCAUUGUAGUCAUGCUACUUAGUUGCCUCGCAUAUCUCGCUCUAGGCUCCAGUAGUGCUAAAGUGCUGAAUUGGAUUCUGAAUUUCUGUACUGCUGCUACUAUGUUCAACUGGACCGUCAUAUCCUUUACGUGGAUCCGAUUCAACGCAGCGCUUAAAGCACAAGGAAUCGACAGAAAUACCUUUCUACCUAGUGUCUCAAAGCUCCAGCCCUACGCAGGCUACUGGGCGUUUUUCUGGGCAUUUAUAUUUCUCUGGAUUCAAGGAUACGCCGUCUUCGUCAAUGGCAAUUGGGAAGUAUCAACUUUUAUCUUCAAUUAUGGGAUUAUUGCCCUCGCCAGUGUAAUUGGCAUUGGCUGGAAGGUCUUCAAGCGUACGCCUUUCCACAGGAGCAAGGAUGUUGAUCUGAGCUCGGGGUUGGAAUUCUUUGAUUCUUUGACAGAGCAUUAUCAACAAGAGCGCGAGUCUGUGCCUAUCACUACGAAGGAUAGGAUUAUGGCGAAGAUUUUCUAGUUGGCAGUCUUGUCCAUAAGAGCAGGGUGGUCGUCUUCUGGUUCUUGAGAUUUUCUU